UGUCACGUUCACAUUUUCACACCGAAUUUUUCUAAAAAAGCCGAAUAACAAAGGCAAUUUAUUAGUGCAGCUCAACUCCAGCAUUAGUCAAACACAAUAUCAAUAUAUAUCAAAUCUCCAUUAACAUAUUCUAUAUAUAGAAUCAGUCAUAUAGCUAUAUCUUCGUUACACACCUUUCUUCUCAAAAGUACACCCCAAAUUAAACCAUGAACCCUAAUGAUCUUGCUCCAAUCCAUGGUCCAUCAUCAUCAUCAUCAACAACAACAUCAUCGUCGACACCAUACGGAUUAACGAAGGAAGAGUUCUCAACACUAGACUCUAUCAUCCGAACACACCACACGUUCCCAAGAUCGUCAAACACGUGCACGUCCCUCAUAACACACCGCGUAGACGCACCAGCAAACGCCAUAUGGAGAUUCGUCCGAGACUUCGCCAAUCCAAACAAAUACAAACACUUCAUCAAGAGUUGCACCAUCAGAGGUAACAACGGUAACGAGAUUAAAGUUGGGACCAUAAGAGAAGUCAGCGUCGUGUCUGGUCUCCCAGCGUCGACAAGCGUUGAGAUACUCGAAGCUCUAGAUGAAGCGAAGCGGAUCUUGAGUUUUCGUGUUCUUGGAGGAGAGCACCGGUUAAAUAAUUACCGGUCGGUUACAUCGGUUAACGAGUUCGUCGUCUUGGAGAAGGAUAAGAAGAAGAGAGUGUACAGUGUGGUUUUGGAGUCAUACAUUGUUGAUAUACCAAAAGGUAACACGGAGGAAGAUACGAGGAUGUUUGUGGAUACUGUCGUUAAAUCGAAUCUACAAAAUCUCGCCGCCGUUUCCACGGCUUCUCCGACUUGAUAAUUUUUUUUUGUGUUGAAAAUAUCUUGUGUGUAUAUAUGAUAAUAGUGGGCCGUAAAUGGGCCGAUUAAUGUGUUUGGUGGAAUAUACAUGUGUGGAAUGUGAGGUGUGUAUAUGUAACCUAUGGGUUUUAGUGGGCUUCGUAAACCUC